AUGCCGCAGGAGGCUCCAGCAGACACGGCAGGCCCGUCUUCUCCGCCACCCCGAUUACCUGAGGGAUGGCUUGCUCAAUGGGAAGGUGUCCAGCGCAAAUGGUACUUCGUGCAGAGAACAACGGGCAAGUCGCAAUGGGAAAUACCAACUGAGCCCAUCCUCCUCACCCCUUCUACAACCCCGACGAUUAUCGGAACCGGUCCCUCCCAACUACCCCCUUCGCGACCAUCAACAAAUAGCUAUAAUAUGACAGGAGUGAGCCAUACGCUAGCCGAGCGGAUUGAAUCCGCUGCAGAUAGUGCGAGAAUUUCCGUAGGGAAUUAUGCUCAUUAUUUCUGCAAAAAACAUUGUCAGAGUGGCACUGAUGGUGCAAUAGAGCUCCGUUGA